GGAACUCGCGAUUACAAUGAAAAAGAGAUGGCAAUUCGCGAAAAAAUUUUUUCUACAAUUAUUUCAGUUUUUAAAAAACAUGGAGCUGUAACUAUUGAUACACCAGUUUUUGAAUUGAAAGAAAUUUUAUCUGGAAAAUACGGUGAAGACAGUAAAUUAAUUUAUGAUCUUGAUGAUCAAGGAGGUGAAAAAUGUUCUUUACGAUACGAUUUAACAGUCCCUUUCGCUCGGUUCUUAGCUAUGAAUUGUUCUCAAUAUCCAAAUAUCAAAAGAUAUCAAAUCGCAAAGGUUUAUAGAAGAGAUCAACCUGCUAUGACUAAAGGUCGUAUGCGCGAAUUUUAUCAAUGUGAUUUUGAUAUAGCUGGCGUAUAUGAUCCAAUGAUUGCUGAUGCAGAAGUUGUGAAAAUCAUGUGCGAAUGUUUAACGGCUCUUGAUGUCGUUUUCCAAAUAUGUGGUGUUCCAGAUUCAGUUAUCAGACCUAUAUCUUCUGCAGUGGAUAAACUAGAUAAGUUGCCAUGGGAGGAUGUCAGAAAAGAAAUGACAGAGGAGAAAGGAUUAGAUCCUGAUGUUGCUGAUCGCAUAGGAGAAUAUGUUAAAUUAAAAGGCGGAAAAGAACUUUUGGAUAAAUUGUUUCUAGACGAAUCAUUGCUUUCCAAUGAUAAUGCUAAAGCCGGUUUAAAUGACAUGGUCCUUCUUUUUAAAUAUUUGGAAAUUUUUGGAGUGUUAGAUAUGAUCUCUUUCGAUCUUAGUCUCGCCAGAGGAUUAGAUUACUAUACUGGUAUUAUUUAUGAGGCAGUAACUGAACAAUCUGGACCACCAAAAAGCAGUGAUGAGACCCAAAUUAUUCGAAAGAAAAAAAAAAAAGAUUCAGAUGAGCUUGAUGAAACAACGGUUGGUGUAGGCUCUAUUGCUGCCGGUGGUCGCUAUGAUAAUCUCGUGGGUAUGUUUGCCAGUAAUAAAAAAGGCAACAUACCAUGUGUUGGCGUUUCCAUAGGUGUAGAAAGAGUCUUUUCCAUUUUGCUGCAAAAAGCUGCACUCGAGCAAGUAAAGGCAAAUGAAAUAGAAGUUUACGUAAUGGCAGUUGCUGAUGGAUUACUGGAAGAUAGAAUGAAGAUAUGUUCAGAGUUAUGGGAAGCUGGAAUUAAGGCCGCAUUUAUGUACAAGAACAAACCGAAAUUACAAUCACAAUUUUCAGUAUGUGAUCGUGAUCAAAUUCCUUUUGCUGUUAUCAUUGGUCGUGAUGAAUUAAAUCGUGGUGAAGUUAGAAUUAAAGAUAUGAGAUCUAAAGAACAAGGUGAAGGCGGUGGUGCAUUCAUAAAACGUAGUGAUAUGAUAACUGAAUUGAAGAAAAGAUUA